AUGACCAACCUCAACAAGCAGCAUCAGGCCAUCGGCGUUCCGGUCGUCCAAACCCAGCUAGAGCAACUCUCCAUCGACGAGGACAGGCCCAACCAAGCGGCAACGGAUCCGCCUCCCUACGAUGCUCCGUCCAUCCCCGUCGACCUUCAACUCCAUCACAUCCCCUCCAAAGACGCUCUCCUCGUCAAGAUCCAGCCUCCCAAGGAGCCCCCCAAGCCAAUCAGCCAUGUGGCCUGCGACAUCGUCCUGGUGAUUGACGUCUCCGGAAGCAUGUGCGCCGCGGCCCCCGUGCCCGGCGAAGGAGGCGAAGAAACCGGCCUGUCCGUCCUGGACCUGACCAAGCACGCCGCCUUCACAAUCAUCGAAACCAUGGACGAGAGAGACCGUCUGGGCAUCGUGACAUUCGAGACCGAGUCCAAGCUGGUGCAGUGGCUCGAGCCCAUGACAGACAGCAACAAGGAGCAGGCCCGCGAGAGGGUCAAGGCCCUACAGCCACUGGGCUCGACCAACCUCUGGCACGGCAUGCUGGACGCAAUCAAGCUCUUUACCAGAGAGCAGGGCCGCAGCCAUCGGGUGCCGGCCAUGAUGGUGCUGACGGACGGAGAGCCGAACCACAUGUGCCCGCCCCAGGGGUACAUCCCGAAGCUGAGGGCCAUGCCGCCGCUGCCGGCCACGAUCCACACGUUUGGCUUCGGCUACACUCUCCGAUCCGGGCUGCUCAAGUCCAUCGCUGAGUUUAGUGGCGGCAAUUACGCCUUCAUUCCGGACGCGGGCAUGAUUGGGACCGUCUUUGUUCACGCCGUGGCCAACCUGCAGGCCACGUUUGCAACCAAUGCUUCGUUGACCCUCCGAUAUGCGGCCCCGAUCAAGAUCGAGCAGACAACUGGUGAUGCUGUCGACAAGGAGGCGCCGGUUGAACUCGGCCAUCGGCAGAAGAAGCUGACGAUACCCUUGGGGAACAUUCAGUACGGACAGUCACGCGACCUUUGGCUUCGGUUCAGGGGCACGGCACCAGAAGAGCAGGCGUCAGACUCUGUCAUGCUCGAGGCCACUCUCACCUUUCAGGAGGCGGAGAGGCCGUCAUCAGCAUCCGUCUCAGCACGCCUCGGCGGAAGCGAUACAUCCUCUGAGCUGGUGACUCUCUCCGCCGCCGAGGCAGCCUACCACGAGUCGCGAGCCCUCGUCCUCAGCUUCAUCUCGACCUUGUUCCCUCUCGCAUCCGACGGAGAAUACAAGUCGCUGGCAUUAGCAAACCAACAAAUCAAGAAGCGGCAAGAGCUGUCUCAACUCAUCGAAUCCCUACCCAGCGGCGACUUCACCGACGAUUUGAACAAGUCGCUGCUGGAGGACCUCAGCGGAGAGCAUCCCAAGGGCCAGAUCAGCCUCGCCCUGUCGACGCCGCACUUCUUCACCAAAUGGGGCCGGCACUUUCUGCCGUCGUACGCAAACGCCCUCAGCCGCCAGAUCUGCAACUCGUUCAAGGACUCGGCGCCGCUCCAGUUCGGCUCCCAGAGCCCGCUCUUCAUCGCCUGCCGCGACCGCCUGGACACCGCCUUUGACAGCAUCCCGGCCCCUGAGCCGUCCAGGGUCGUCUUGAGCCACCACAGCAACAGCAGAAGCGGCACCACAACCUCUCCCGUUCCGCCUCCGUCCAUGGCCAGAUACCGCAACUCUUCGGGCGUGUGCUUCGCCGGCUCGACCGCCGUGGAACUGGCCUCGGGCAGAGUCACGGAAAUCCGAAAGCUCAAGCACGGCUCCCGCGUGCGCACCCCUCUGGGGCCGAGGAAGGUGGCCAUGGUGCUCAAGACAAAUGUGGCGAGCGAGGCGCUGUGCCGCAUCGGCUCGCUGCUCGUCACGCCGUGGCAUCCCGUCUCCAUGGAUGCUGGCAAGAGCUGGGACUUUCCGGCCAACAUGUCGGGUCACAACAACGCGGUGGUGCUCUACACCGGAUGCAUAUACUCGGUCCUGCUGCAGCCUGACAGGAGGCCGGACGCCCAUGCCAUUCGCGUUGGCCAUGAUGCUUGGGGCGUCACGCUGGGACACGGCGUCACGCGAGGCACCGACGCCCGAGCCCACGAGUUCUUUGGCCACUAUGCGAGGGUGAGAUGUGGAUUGAUGAAGCUGGAGAGUGCGGGCAGGAGAGGCGUCGUCAAGGGACGAGGUAUCGAGCGAGAUGCCACGACGGGGCUCGUCAGGGGCUUCAGGCAGACCAGAGACAUGAAGGCAGCAGCACCUAUCUAG